GUGCUCUGCUCUCCAAAGUUCAAUCUUUCUCCAUUUUCUAGGGAUUUCUUCCUCUUGUCGGUCUCUCUCAGGCAAUUUGAUCGGAAUUCGACUGAUCAGUGAGUCGGACGCAGUGACCGGCGAUCGGAAUGGGAGACCUGUUCGAAGGGCUGCCGCCUCCCUCCGCCAAUCCUCAGCCGCAGGAAAACGACAUCUUCGCGGCCGAUCCUUCGAACAGCGGAAAGCGAGAACUGUCUCCAGUUCCUUCAAAGCCAUCUCCAGCUCUGGCUCCGGCUCCGGCUCCGUCUCCAGCUCCGGCUCCGGCGCUCAAGAGUGCACUCAAGCGGCCCAAGCUGAACGAGUCGAAUGCUCAAGCUGCUGUUCCAGAGAGAAGGAUAAGGUUCAAGACCACGACUGAUGCCUCGGAACAGCAAGUUAUAGAGGCCAUGAAGAAGAUAUCAUCGCAUAUUGGAAGUCCCGGAAAGUUCAGCAAGGCGGCUAAAUUGGCAAUACAACUGAUACAGGCAGGGAGUGUGAAGCCGAGUAAUAGUGAUUAUUUCUUUUCGAUAUUAGAAUCUGCAAUGUCAUCUCCUACUGCUUGUACAGAUCAAUCGGUUCGGGCUGAUUACCAUGCCUUGUUCUUGGCGGCACAAGAUGCUGCUGAUUGUUUAAACAAGAGGCAGAAAAACCAAUUGACUGCAUGGACAAUGCGUGCAGUGGUGGCUAACGAUCUGUUCACCGACGAUAGCUUUCUGUUUUCCAAAACUGCCACACAAAUAAAAGAGGUAAUAUCAAAUCUUCCGGUGGCAACAGAGUCUGACGACUUGGAGGAAGCGACGGCGCUUAAGGAUGAGAAAGAAUCAGAUGGUGCAGAUCUGCAGGAGAAUCAGGAAUUGCCCUCAGUUGCAGACUCUCAGGUCAGUAAGACGGAAGAAUCUGACCCAUUUGGGCUCGAUGAUCUCAUUCCGAGUGCAGCAAAGAAAGACGACAAACCAAAGGGAAAAAAAGAUGUAACCAAGAUCAGAGAGGAGGAAGAGGAAGAGAAUAGGAGAUUCCUCAAGUUACAGAGAGAAGCACUAGUGACUUGUUUGGAGAUUGCUGCUCGCCGCUAUAAAACACCAUGGUGUCAGACUGUGAUAGACAUCCUAGUGAAGCAUGCCUUUGACAACAUUUCGAGGUUUACAUCGAAACAGAGGGAAGCGAUUGAGAAGCUAUGGGCUUCCAUACGAGAGCAACAAGCUCGAAGAAAGCAAGGGAAGUCUGUGAAUGGGAAGCUUGACGUGAAUGCUUUUGAGUGGCUUCAGCAGAAGUAUGCGACUGAGAAGAUCAGCAUUCGUCAUGCCGUUGGAGGCAGUGGGGACCGACACUGUGAACAGUGGCUGGGCUAAUGGACACACGAUAUCUCUCCCCCCCCCCCCCCCCCCCCCGUCUCUGUAUCGAUGAUUGUUGAAACUUCUAACAGUGUGGCUCACUGAAAACAGCCUUUAUGAUUCGUUUCCUAUGGAAUGCAAUGGAAUGGUAGUACCUA